CUCAACUAGUAUGGCUGAUACGUUGCACAGCCGACCAGUGAAUCAGCGGAUAAUCCGCGAUAGGUUGUCACUAUGGGAAGCGAAAACAAACCCGACAGCACCUCUCACAUCCAAACAGAAAGAUGCGUUGAUGGAACUUACUGCCAUCGCAGCAGAAAGGCCAUUACCUCCUGAGUUGCCUGAGGAUGAUAUUCCUCUCCUGCCACUGCGAGAAACAUCAAGUUCCAAUGCUUCAGAACAAGGAGAUUUUCUGGGUGAUUUCAUCCAGCAAUCUUUACCAGGAGGACAAAAGAUAGAAAAUGCUCAACAGUUUUUUUCAUGGUUUUCACACCUGGAUGAUGCUUUAGAGCAUGAAGAGGAAGAGCUGUAUAGGCCUUACCUGGAGUCACUUUGCAUGUACCAGACACAGUGUGACACAGUAUUACAAGAAGUGACACAGUGUGUUGACUUUCUACGACAGCUGCAUCAGCAGUACAUCAAUGUCUCCACAAAAACCAACGCAUUACAUGAUGAAUGCGAACACCUUCUGGCUGAACAGACACAGUUAAUGAACACUGCAGAGAGCAUCAGCAACAAGUUGUCUUACUUCAAUGAGUUGGACACCAUUACCACAAAAUUAUCACGCCAGACUCUUUCAGUGACAGAUGAGUCAUUUGUACCCAUGCUUUCACGGAUUGAUGAGUGCAUUCAUUAUAUGCAGUCUAAUCCACAUUUUAAGGAGUCCGAAACCUACCUCUUGCAGUUUCGUCAGUGUUUGUCUCGUGCACUAGGUCACAUACGAACCUAUGUCACUAAUAUUCUCACAGCAGCCACACAGGCAGUUACUCCACAGAAGGAUGCACCCAACAUGGCCGACAAUGCAUUUACGCUGUUCUACGGCAAAUUCCGUGCUAAUGCACCAAGAGUCAAACCACUCACAGAGCAAGUUGAAAGUCGCUUGGACAAAGGACCAGAGUAUCACCAGGUUCUAGAAGACCUGCAUAACUGUUACUUUGCACAGCGUGAAAUCCUGUUAACCCCCAGCAUCUCCACAACAAUUAAUGAUCUUGCCAGCAAACAUUCCCGUGACCACUGUGCACUGGUUCGAAGUGGAUGUGCAUUCAUGGUUCAUGUAUGUGAAGAUGAAUAUCAGCUAUUCCUGAACUUCUUCUCCAGACCUACUCCUGGCCUUGAUGGGAUGUUGGAGCGCUUAUGCAAUCAUCUGUACGAUGUUUUCCGACCAUUCAUCAUUCACAUCCAGCAUCUGGAGACUCUAGCAGAACUGUGCAGCAUCCUGAAGGUGGAGAUGAUGGAGGAGCAUGUCCGACAAAAUCCCCAGGAGCUAAAGGCAUUUGCAACCAUCUGCCAGCAGAUGUUGAUGGAUGUUCAGGAACGGCUGGUGUACAGGACAUAUAUCUUUAUCCGGUCCGAUAUUCUGCAGUACAAUGCUGCACCAGGUGACCUGGCUUACCCAGAGAAGUUGGAGAUGAUGGAGAGCAUUGCAGAGAGUCUAAAGAAGACUAGCAAGCCAACACAUGGCUCUCACUCACGCACACCAUCUAACGCCUCCAGUACUAGUGCUGAAGUGGCACAGCUUACAUCCCACCCUGAUGCCACUGUCAUCAGUUCUGAGAUGCUGGGGGCUACAGAAGGAUCAGGAGCUGCAGGCAGUGAGGACAGCCAGUUGAUUGAUGUGCCUCUUGAUCGCAGUACUGAAGAUAUGGUCAGCAACAUGCCUAUGUCACCUGCUGACCUGCACGGAAUGUGGUAUCCCACGGUUCGACGAACCCUUGUCACUCUCUCCAAACUUUAUCGGUGCAUUGAUAAAACAACUUUCCAAGGGCUGUCACAAGAGGCACUUCAAGCAUGUGUGGAGUCACUAAAGAAUGCCAGAGAUGGGAUCAUCAAACGUAAGACAGCACUUGAUGGACAGCUUUUUCUAGUAAAGCAUCUUCUGAUCCUGCGAGAGCAAAUAGCACCAUUCCAAGCAGACUUCUGCAUUCGUGAAACACACCUAGAUUUCAGCAAAAUCAAAGAAAUGGCCAAGUCACGCUCUGGGUUGGGCUUCAACGCACUUUGGGAUGCAGCGUAUGGUCUUUUACAGAAGAAAUCACAGCUGUUCUCUUUUAACACAAACAAUGCACUGUUACAGUUUAUUUUGGAGGGCACCCCACAAGUAACAGAAAUGUUUGUGGACUCAAAACGUGAUGUUGACCAGCAACUGAAGUCAACAUGUGAAGAUUUCAUCCGUCUGGUCACCGAUAUGUUUACUGUUCCUCUUACUACAUUUCUGUCAAGAGCAACUGUAGUGGUGAGCAUGAAGAAAGAAGAUGGCACACCUAGAGUUUUGCUGCGGACUCAACCAUUUGCCACACCUGAAAAAGCGCAUGAUGUUGCAAUGGAAACCUACCGCAAUCUCAAGACAAAACUUCCAGGUGUGCAGCGAAGCAUGGCAUUGUACCUAGCGAACCGUGACACCGAAUCCAUCCUCUUUCGCCCAAUUAAGGUGAAUGUUCAGCAGUGUUUUGGAAAGCUGUCACAGCUGUUGUUGGAGCACUACACUGAGGAGGACCGCUUGAUUGUUGCCUGCCCCACUGCUGAGCAGAUCAGCCUUCUCUUAGCAUCAGCUGCUCGCCAGUCUCUUCAAGCCUUGUAAUGGCUACAACAGUGGGACAAGAGGGGACCAGUCAUGGGAGAGCAGAUUCUUUUUCUCCAUUCACAAUUCAGCAUCCCGCUGCCAUCAUCUGGCUUUUGCACCUUCUGACUUCUGUAGCAUCUCCAGCAGUCCUGAUUUCAGGAGUGCAGCAGCAGUUAUUUAAGUGUGGGUCAUUUGAAGAGAUGAACAUGCUAUGUUACCGUGGGGGUUUUGGAGGUUUUUUUUGGGUUUUUUUUUUUUUUUGAAAUUUUUUGCCCGCUGCCAUUUUCUGCAACUAGAAAAAACAUGCAUGGGAUACCUCCAGUUGUUUCAAAUCUGUUUCCUGAUGACAAACUGAUAGAAACAAUCUUGGCUUACCCCUACUCUUCGUCUGUGAAGUCCAAAAGCUGAGUUCAGUUUCUGGCCAAGGCAUAUCUUCUCACGGUGAUCAGUCAUGUCAUGUUACUUCCAAACCAAAGCUUGUUCUAAUGGGUGGACAUAUUCUAAAUUUUGCAGCCUAUCUUAAAUGUAUCAUCAUGUAUGGCAUGAAGUCAGCUUUGCUCAUGUAUGUUUAUAACACCAAACAACACAAUUCCAUGUUCAAAGUGUUCGUGAUUUCUUGUUAGCCGUGUGCUAUAAACACGUGCACAAAAUGGAGCGAAAAAAACAGGGAAGUGCUUAAAAAUAUCAGGAUGUGCUAUUUUUAAACAGCAGUCUUAAUAAUAAGAAGAAAAUAUACUCUGCAACAUUAACACCAUUCUCUGAGCAGCAAUCAAGUACAUGAACAUUAUAAAUGGUAGAGACUGUAAAACAAAUAAUAAAAGUGAAAGUUACAGAUGACAUGGAUCAGCAGCAAGACUGACAUUUUUAAGAGUGUAGCAUGGAGGUAAAAAGCUGUAUCAGUGACCAUGAGGGACUUGGGGGUCAAAGGCUAAAACAUGCUUUAAAGUACAGUAAAAUCACCUCAUUAAGACCUUCUGUAUUGCAAUCCCCUCUAAGGAUAAAACAAAAACAUUUCCUAAACACAUUUCACUGUACAUCUUGCCUAUCGUGACUACCUCCCCAACGUGACUUACAACCAUCAGUUUUUGCUCUUUUGUGUCUUGCUUGCAGAAAUUGCAUGUUGAAAAAAAAAAAAAAUUAAGUGUAUUUUAAAAUGCACUGCUUCUGGCUGACCUUUCACCCUUUAUCACAACUUUUUGCAGAAAUAAUGCAAAAUAACGUUAAGUAUAUUUUGAAAGAGGCUAUUUGUGUGUUGGGUUUUUUCGGUUUGUAUGAAAUGUCUAUGCAAACAUUGGUUAACAUCAAACAGGUGGUAUUCUCUGGCAUGGGUGACUUCAACUUUCACUGUUAGGACGAUAUCGUCAUGGUGGGGUACAUUUGAUAGGCAGGACAAUAUGGUUUGGGGUCGAAAUGACCAUCCUGUUCAUUGUUUUCUUUGUUUACCAGUUCACACAUCAGUCAAUUGUGCUUCUCUAAUGAUCUUGUGCAUGUCAUCUGCUCUGUUUUAAAUUUUUGCAGAAAUCACACUUCAAAAAAUACAUGCAGUGCAUUUUAAGAGAGUAUUUUUUGUCUACCAGGGUACCCCUGUAUUGAUCAAUGGCUCAUCUAUAAAUCUGAAUUCAGGCACAACAAUGGCAAAAUACGCAAGCAUGACCAAGCAAAAGCACUAUAUGUGGCUUUUAGAGUUUUAUUUUCAACAAAGAAAUAUGAAUUCGAAUUUAUAUCUGAGGUCAUGGUUAGUGGAAUGAAGGGGAAGGGGGUAAAUUGAUACUUUAUGUGGAGCCAGCAACUAAGGCUAUAUCAGUCUACCAGUCUUUUCCUAUGCCUAACCUCGGGUAUUCUUCAUGCACAGAUUUUCUGUCUUUCAUGUCUGUUGUUGUGUCUCUGUCCAGUUUCUUGUUUUGUGUAAUCAGCAUGUGUGUUAUCUACAUUUUGUAUCAGUUGAAUGUGUGCUUUUAGUGUUUUGUAUUCAGAAAGUGUUUGUAAAGUGCAUUGAGUCUACAGUGCAAUAGAGGAAUGUGCUGUAUAAACUGCAGCAUUAUUAUUAUUAUCACAGUAAGGCAGCCUGGAAACAGAUGCCACAUACCGAGAGAUUUCAUGGCAGGAAAGCAGACUUGUAAAUUUCCCUACUAAGAUCUCCCUCACAACUUGAUUUUGGGACAUGUUAAUGAGGUUUUACUGUAUAUAUUUUCUGACUCAUAUUUUGCAUUAAUAUUUAUUGUUGGAUAUUUGUGUUAAUACCAGUUACGUAAAACAUCAUUUGUCCAUGAACAUAUGGAAACAGCAAGAGUUACAUAGAUAUGUCAAAAGGUUGUUAAUUUUCUGUGGAUACUGUUUAUAUUAAUUGCUUAUUUUGUCUCACAAGCCGAAUAUAUCACUUUCUGGCAAAUAUGACAUCCUUUUUUUCAAAAUAUAAAAAUACUUAGAAAUUUUUAUUUACUUAAAAUAAAUUUAUGUUCAUA